UAUAUUUUCUACUUAUUCAUCAACGAUAGGUAAAAAGCUUUUUUAGUGAUACUUGUUCUCGCGAUCGAACAUUUCGAUUUCAACAUCGAAUACAGAGAAAUUUCUUAUUCGACAUAAAAACACGUUUCUUACUUACAAUUAGACAGAGAAGAAACGUUAAGCAACGAGUGGCGCGUGCUCGUAUUCGUCCGCGUCCCCAUGCGCGCGCGUUCUCGCCUGUCUAAUUGUAAGUAUCCGCGUUCGUCUACUUACUUACUUACUUUACUUAGUUACUUGUUAGACCAGUGACAAGAGACAGAAAAGACACGACGUUUAAUCUUGCAAGAAAUAUUUCUGAAGAAAUUUUAAACAGCUUUUAUCUCGAAUGUUUGCUUUAUCCGCGCGACGAUCGUAAUCGUCACCGACUGCAGAAAAUUGUUUGCCGUCAAAGCACGCGUUUCUUUGAAACUUUACAACAAUCUUGUAUCAAAGCCAUAAAAAAAAGACAACGAGGAUUCUUUUCUCGAUCGUUCGAGAAACUUUAAGCCAUUAAACGUUGAAAGAAAUUAGUAUGGAAAUUGUUUGAAAAUUGAAUUAUCGUUACCGGCGUAACGGUCGAAAGGUAAAGGAAAAAGUGUGGGUGGGAAGUAAGUAGGUUAAUUCCACGGGAAGAUUGAUUAGCGUCAGUGACGAGAAAGACGAAAAAUAACAAGUGACAACAAUGAAAGAAACGCAGUACAGACGCAACCAGCGAACAUUUAGACAAGCGUUAUCAUUCUCAAAGGAGAAUGGCUAUAUAUCCGUGGCAGCAAGUCGCAAGAGGUCCUCAGUAGAAGAUGAUAGAGGACCAGACGCAUCAACAUCCGGUACGACUACCACCCGACAAGCACACCCGUAUCGAUGUUACAGGAGGCAAAUUUGAAAAUGAUCAAUGCAAAGAACCUCUGCUUUCGGAAAGGCAAACCUGCCACAGGAUAACGACAACGGAGGAGGUUCGUUCGCGUGCUUGUGCCUCGGAAUCGACGACGAGCACGAGCACGAGCACGAGUUCGAUCACAGGCACGAAUAAUAAUAUGGUCACGGUCACGGCUACGGUAGGGACAGGAACGAAUGGGAACGCAAACGCGAACGCGAACGCGAACGCGAAUGCGAACUCAAAUGCAUGGAUAGACACCGUUGUCGGGGUUAAUAUCGGUAGCGUCGCUACCACCACGCCGGACAACACCAUCAUCAACAAUAAUAAAUCUUUGGAUGACGAUUGCAUUCAAGUACCGAUCUUUGACGAAGGAACGACCGACAGUGGCCGUCUGCCAGACGUCGUGGCCGAAAGUAAAAUUUAUGGCGUGACCGAGAACGAACCUAUCGAAUCGUACCUGGCAAUUACCAUUCAAGUUUUCAUACCGUUUCUUAUCGCUGGCCUUGGCAUGGUGGGAGCUGGAUUGGUUCUGGAUUUGGUUCAACAUUGGGUCGUGUUCGAAAAAGUGAGCGAACUUAUCAUUCUGGUACCGGCAUUGUUGGGUCUAAAAGGCAAUUUGGAAAUGACUCUCGCAUCGCGCCUCUCCACUCAAGCGAAUCUUGGACAUAUGGACACGCCGAAAGAGCAAUGGUACAUGAUCGUUGGAAACCUCGUCCUGAUUCAAUGCCAAGCGAUAGUGGUUGGAUUUCUGGGCUCGGUAGUGGCGAUCGCAAUGGGGGCAUUUCGAAACAGCACCAUCUCGUUGGACCACGCUUACCUGUUGUGCGCAAGCAGUUUGGUUACUGCGUCUUUGGCCUCGUUCGUCCUCGGAUUGAUCACCGCAGGAGUGAUCGUUUUCUCGCGACACUGCCACAUAAACCCGGACAACGUUGCCACUCCGAUAGCCGCGAGCCUCGGUGAUAUCACUUCCUUGGCUUUGCUCUCUUGGAUAUCAACUAUUCUCUACGAAUCGAUAAACAAGCAAGAUUGGGUCGCGCCUCUCGUGAUCGCCUGCUACCUCUUGGUCACACCACUCUGGGUAUGGAUCGCCAAAAAGAACAAGUAUACCAACGAUGUUCUUUAUUCCGGCUGGACUCCUGUCAUGAUCGCCAUGUUGAUCAGUAGUUGCGGCGGUCUGAUAUUAGAGUUCAUGGUGUCACGGUUCGAGAACUUGACCGUUUUCCAACCAGUUAUCAACGGCGUGGGUGGAAAUCUGGUUGCCGUGCAAGCGAGCAGAAUAUCGACGGCUCUACACAAACAAGCGGAACUGGGAACACUUCUGAUACCGCCGGGUCACACGCAUCCCGUCAUCUUUAUCACGCCUAUCGCUAAUUUUUUCGGCAAAGGUUUGCACGCGAGGACGACCAGAGUUCUAAUGGCGAUGGUUAUACCGGGUCACAUCAUUUUUAUUUAUCUGAUCAAUUACAUGAAGGAUGGCAACGCCUCGUUGACACCUCUAUUCGUUUUUGUUUACCUCUGCGCCGCUAUGCUCCAAGUUGCUGCCCUUCUCUACAUCGCCUACAUUAUGAUACAUUGGAUGUGGAAGCGAAAAAUCGACCCCGACAACUCGGCGAUUCCGUACUUGACGGCAAUGGGAGACCUGCUAGGCAUCAGUUUGCUAGCGAUCGCUUUUCAAUUUCUCUAUUUAGUCGGCGAUCAGGAUUCCGAUCAAACCAUCAGCCCCUAAAACGCUCGCUCUGAACUCGAUCGAAUUUUCUGGUCGGAUGCAAAUUCUUUUCCAUCUCGAUUCUUUAUGUAGAACGCGAAACGAUCGAGAACCGUUCAGGAAUCCUCAUCGAUAGGAUCGUUUCCUAACGUCAGCUGCUUUUCAUUUCACCUAUCUUUCUUUCUUUCUUUCUUUCUUUCUUUCUUUCUUCUUUUUUCAAAGAUAAUGAAACUGCAUUUAAUCAUCGACGCAGUUGUUGGUAGUCUUUCGUUAGACAACCGUAGGUCGAGAAAGAAUUAAUUACACGUCACCGAGUCAACACCGAUUCUUAACGAGGCUGUGCUUUAACGAAAGUAUUGUUAUAUCGUUGUAUCGCAUUUUAUGAGAAUCAGAUAGAACGACGAUAAUGUCCUCCUGUUCUUUGAAACGUUUAAUUUGACUCGACUCGACUCGACUCGACUCGACUUCACUCGAAUCAAAUCAAACUGAAUUAUCCUCCUCUUUACUACCUCCGCUCGACUCGAUUGCAUUUGAGUUUUAUUUUCCAAAUGGUUCGAAUACGCUCAAAUGAAUCUUUGUCCGAUACGUUUGCAACCGAUCACGAGAUUCGAGGACGAUUUGCUAGUCUUAAAAUCGGUUUUUAAGGAAAACAAACAAAACGAUAAAUGAAAAAAAAAAAAGAAAUCAAAGUACCGCUUCGUCUUAAUCGAAUUGUUACUUUUCCGGAAAGUUUUGGUACACAACAGACAAAUGUAAGUAGCAGAAUUUGAUAAAAUACGGAUAGCGGUCGUUCUGAACUAUACGCUGUGUACCGUGUACAUACAUACAUACAUACAUACAUACACGUCCUUGAAUAAUCGCGAUAAGACGAGACGAGACGAAAUAUACUACAAUAACAGUACAUACUUACACCUUACGCGUUUCGUCUGCUUUUCUACCCUGCAUCCCGUGGUUCUACUAAAGAGCUAAAGUCUUCCACCGAUGCCGUUUCAAACUCUACCUAACUACAACUUACGUGAACAAACGGGUAUAGAUUUAUGGACUUUGAACAGCGAAACAAUCGGGUAAGGGAUGAUAAGGGAUGCUUUCCUUUUCUUUACCCUUUCUUUUUUUUGUCGUUCCGGCUUCUCUUCUACUCUGAACACGUCUGAAUAAACACGCACGGAAGGAAAAAAGUAAAGGAGUAAAAAUUAAAAAACGGAACGACAAAUGGACAUUUUUCGAUUCUGUUUUUCUCUGUCAUUCGACGUUGUCCAGAAUUCCUACAAACUGUUACGUACCGCUUGCACAUUGUUCGUAUUUUUGAUAUUUCGCAAGCUGAAUCGAUCGAAAAGAAUACUCAAGAGUGCAGAAUAAUUUAUGGAUGCGUCACACGAUCUAUACAUACAUAUAUGUAUAUAUAUAUAACUCAGGCUGAUGCUAAUUCGUCGUAUCAUUGUACGAUCAAUAGCUUCGCUUCUAGACAUGGCAAUCGAUUAAAUGCAAACUCGUUCGCGCAAUCGAUUGUAGUUAAAACGAAAUCGGUACCGCGUUCCAUGUCCCAUAACGAGAGUCAGCUGCGCGCGAUGAUACGGCCUUUACCAUAGUCAAUUUUCUUUCUUGUUCCUUCCUCCAUUCACCAUACACAAACUUUAUCUAUUUAAAUGCGCCUGUCAACGCUACACACAGCUAACGUUUUGGUAACAUUGUAAAAACUGUUAGGAAAGAAACUACAUAUAUAUAUAUAUAUAUAUAUAUAUACCAAAGAUUAGACUAUAAAUAUAUCUUGACAAUAAUGUUUGUUUCAAGAAGG